CACGGAGCCGCAACGCCUCCAGCGGGCCCCGCCCCCGUGCUGCGUGGUCAUUUGUAUUCAGCUUCAGGAUUGGCCACUUGGGUCCCGCGAGGUGAAGCGGAAGGAAGCAGUGCGCACUUGCGCGUGCGUGAGCUGGCGCGCGAGAAAGGGCCCGGUAGCGUCGAGGCUCGAGCGGCCGUCGCCAUUUUAUAGGGUUAGCUUUGACGCGGGAGCCGCCGCCGCCGCCGCCGCCGCCGCCACCCGGAGGUGCGAGAGGUUCUUGUGUGUGCGAUGUGGAGAGCCUGGGGACGGGCUGGGCCAGACCUCCGGGAGACAGUAUGGCUCUUGUCAGGAUGGUGAAGCUGUUCAUCGGAAACCUGCCCCGGGAGGCCACAGAGCAGGAGAUCCGCUCUCUUUUCGAGCAGUAUGGGAAGGUGCUGGAAUGUGACAUCAUUAAGAAUUACGGCUUUGUGCACAUAGAAGACAAGACAGCAGCCGAGGAUGCCAUACGCAACCUGCACCAUUACAAGCUUCAUGGGGUGAACAUCAACGUGGAAGCCAGCAAGAAUAAGAGCAAAGCUUCAACCAAGUUACACGUGGGUAACAUCAGCCCCACUUGUACCAACCAAGAGCUUCGAGCCAAGUUUGAGGAGUAUGGUCCGGUCAUCGAAUGUGACAUCGUGAAAGAUUAUGCCUUCGUACACAUGGAGCGGGCAGAGGAUGCAGUGGAGGCCAUCAGGGGCCUUGACAACACAGAGUUUCAAGGCAAAAGAAUGCAUGUGCAGUUGUCCACAAGCCGGCUUCGGACUGCCCCUGGGAUGGGAGACCAGAGUGGCUGCUAUCGGUGUGGGAAAGAAGGGCACUGGUCCAAAGAGUGUCCAGUAGAUCGUACGGGUCGUGUGGCAGACUUUACCGAACAGUAUAAUGAACAGUAUGGAGCAGUUCGCACACCUUACACCAUGGGCUAUGGGGAAUCCAUGUAUUACAACGAUGCAUAUGGAGCACUUGACUACUAUAAGCGAUACCGGGUCCGCUCUUACGAGGCAGUAGCAGCAGCAGCAGCAGCUUCUGCAUACAACUACGCAGAACAGACCAUGUCCCAUCUGCCUCAAGUCCAAAGUACAACUGUGACCAGCCACCUCAACUCUACUUCUGUUGAUCCCUACGACAGACACCUACUGUCAAACUCUGGCGCUGCUGCCACUUCAGCUGCUAUGGCUGCUGCUGCUGCAACCACUUCCUCUUAUUAUGGAAGGGACAGGAGCCCACUGCGUCGUGCUGCAGCCAUGCUCCCCACAGUUGGAGAGGGCUACGGUUAUGGGCCAGAGAGUGAGUUAUCUCAGGCUUCAGCAGCUACACGGAAUUCUCUGUAUGACAUGGCCCGGUAUGAACGGGAGCAGUAUGUCGACCGAGCCCGGUACUCGGCCUUUUAAAAACUGGAGGUGAGAGAGGGGUGGGUAUGGUUAAGAGAUUCCAUUUAGUUCCCUUGCAAGAGACCCAUGCUUCAUAGAGGAGGUUAGAGCCACUUGUUUGCUGUCUGGACAGUAUCCAAAAGGUGCAAAUUACAUGUUAGUCUUCAGUAUUUCUCUAGCUUAGGCCUUAAGUUCCAUUUGGCCUGGCGAGGUGUUAGUAUAUGACCCCAACCAACUUGUUCCUUCUGAGAUAACAACAAAUCAAUUUGUUAGUGAGAACAUUCUUUAAUCAGUUGUAAUAUUUGGUUACAGAAAAACAAUUGGACAUCUAACAUAUGUACACUGUUUAUAUCAACUAUACAAUAAGACUGAAAGGUUUCAUUCUUUUAUAGAGAAGGGAACUAAGGCUCAGAGGUUUACUUUUGCCCAAAGUCAUUUGGUAAAUGAAAGGUAGAGUUAGAAUUCAAACUCAGGCCUGUCUGAUUCCAAACCCCAUGAUCUCUACUACAGAAGUACUGUAGUGGUACGCUCAAGGGUCCAUGUUCAGGGGUUAGUAAUGAAUAUCACAGUGAGAAUUUUAACUAUUAUUUUAGUCUUCGUUUGCUAAUAAAGCUGCUGUUUGAGGCCAGAGGCAGUGGUUCACACCUGUAAUCCCAACACUGGGAGGCUGAGGCAGAGGAUCACUUGAGCCCAGGAGUUCAAGACCAGCCUAGGCAACAUAGCAAGGUCCUGUCUCUACAAAGAAAAUUAAAUUAGCAAGUGUAACAGAGGGCACCUGUGAUCCCAGCUACCCAGAAUGCUCAGGUUGGAAGGAUUGCUUGAGCCCAAGACUUCUAAGAGGCUGCAGGCUGGACAUGGUGGCUCACACCUGUAAUCCCAACACUUUGGCAGGCCAAGGCAGGCAGAUCACGAGGUCAGGAGAUCGAAACCAUCCUGGCCAACAUGCUGAAACCCUGUCUCUACUAAAAAUACAAAAAUAAGCUGGGUGUGGUGGCAGCGCAUGCCUGUAGUCGCAGCUACUCGGGAGGCUGAGGCAGAAGAAUUGCUUGAAUCUGGGAGGCAGAGGUUGCAUUGAGCCAAGAUCUUACAACUGCACUCCAGCCUGGGUGACAGAGCAAAACUGUUUCAAGAAAAGAAAAAAAAAAAGGCUGCAGUGAGCUGCGAUUUCGGCCUGGGCAAUUUUUUUUUUCUUUUUGGAGACAGAGUCUUGCUCUUGUUGCCCAGGCUGGAGUACAGUGGCACAAUCUCGGCUCACUGCAGUCUCCGCCUCCUGGGUUCAAGAGAUUCUUCUGCCUCAGCAUCCCAAGUAGCUGGGAUUACAGGCACGUGCAACCAUGUCCAGCUACUUUUUUAUAUUUUUAGUAGAGACAGGGUUUCUCCAUGUUGGUCAGACUGGUCUUGAACUCCCAACCAGAGUUGAUCUGCCCACCUUGGCCUCCCAAACUCCUGGGAUUACAGGCAUGAGCCACUGCACCUGGCUUUUUUUUUUUUUUUUCAAACAAAUUUACUUCUUGGGUCAUUAUCCUUUUCUCAAAGGACUCUUCUAACAUCAUACCUAUAUGCCAGAGGAAGUCCUUUAAAUUUCAAAUGUUUACUUCUAAGACAUUUACUUGAAGGAUAAAUGUUUGGAUGUUCUGUCUCAUGGAGUCCUUGUUAGUAAUCCAUAAUAUCUUGUUCUAUAUGGGCACAUAAGCCCUGUUUCUUCACAGCCAGUGAAGCUGUCAUUUAGACCCUGAUGCUUCCCAUUUCUUCCAGCAAUUGUGUUUUUUGUUGUUGAAGUGAGGAACAUUUAAGAAAUUACAUAAACUGGUAAUUUUCAGAUGUGUAGAAAACUGCAUAGGUGAUGAAAGCCAAUUCCAUAGACUGAAAUUUUGCUGUUUCCUACAUGAGGAAAUGUGUACUAAAAGUAUUAGAAUGGCAAUUUUGAGUAUCUACAGAUGGAUAAAUCUUUUCAUCUGAGUGGAAAUGGCAUCAUGACAACUUUAUAUUCUCAUGGUUUUCUUUGUACCUUGAAAUUGAGCAUCACUUGAAUUGGAGUCCCAGUAGCAAGAUUAAAGUGAGUUACUUCUGAGUUUCUAGUGUUACUAACUUAUCAAUUUGGCAAUAAAUGUAGAAGACAACAAAGCAGCUGUGUGCAGUGGCUCAUGCCUGUAGCCCCAGCUACUCAGGAGGCUGAGGCUGGAGGAUCCCUUAAGCCCAGGAGUUUGAGGCUGCAGUUAGCCACUGCACUGCAGCCUGGGCAAGAGUGGCUUCUCUCUCAAAAAAAAAAGGCCAGGCAUGGUGGCUCAUGCCUGUACUCCCAGCACUACGGGAGGUAGUUCUGCCCAAAAAUUAGGCAGGCAUGGUGGUGGGCACCUGUAGUCCCAGCUACUUGAGAGGCUGAGACAAGAGAAUUGCCUGAACCUGGGAGGUGGAGGUUGCAGUGAGCCAAGAUUGCACCACUGCGCUCCAGCCUGGGUGACAGAGAAAGACUCCAUCUCAAAAAAAAGUAAAAAAGAAAUUAAAAAACAAAGCCAGAGUUUGCUCUUUUAUGUGACUUGAGAAGCAAAUAUGGUACAACCUGUAAUAAGUUGUACCCUAUAUGCAUGUCACCAAGACUUGAGAUCUCUUGAGACCACUGUACAGCAGCAAGCCUGUGUUGAUGUGUGUGAAGUGAUCUUAAAAUUUGUAGUUUGCCAUUAAUUUUUACUUUUAAUGCAGCUGGAUCUAGCAUGAGGUGGGAUAUGCCUCUAAAGUAAGCUGGUAUAAAUCUAUCAGAUAACCUGUUUCUCUCAAGCGUGUUUCAAAAUUAAAUAUUAAAUUCAUAUAUUGUGGUCUUCAAAAGGUAUUGCUAGGACAUUUUUAAAUGAAUUUUGACUGCAAGCAGUGGUUGUUCAACUAACCUCUUUUUAGUGAUGACUUUUAAAGAAACUUACCUUCCAGGUGUGAACCUCAAGUGGACUGAAUAACCCUGAGUUGGUUGCAGUCCCAGGAGCCUGAUGUUAAUGAGGCUGCCAGGAUGAAAUACUACAGAACUGUUUGGGAUCCAAAUUCGGGUCUCACCCUAGCAGAACUGAUCCAAGAACGUCACAACUUUUGAAGUCGAUUGGCACAGAUCAAGACCAAGAUUUGGCCCUUUGUCUGUAAUAAGUAGAGGAACUUGGUGUGAGUUAACUUUUUUUUUCCCCCAGCCAUUGGUGUCUGGAGUUCCCAUCAUCAAUAGAAGAAUUAGAGAAUUCUAGGAUUGAUUUCUUCUUUUGAUUUGGCAAGGGAGAUUUGGUCAAUUAGGGGAACUACUGGAACUAUGGCUCUAACUCUGAGUGUGAUGACAUGUAGGGGUGUUGGAAUUGGGUGAAUGACAGGCUGCUCCUUGAUGCCCUACCCUUGUGACCAUCAUUUCUGAAAGCUUGUUUACUGUGAAAGAUUAAAACAUUUAGAAUAGUGCAAUUGGCCACAUAAGACAUCUCAGCAUCUUCUACUUUUCCUGGACCCCAAAAUUAAAUUGCAGUUAAUAAUAAUGUAUAUAUGCCCUUUGUUGCAGCAACAGUAGACUUCUGUCACAGGGGUUAUCUUGCCUAAAAGGUGGAUAAGAAAGAUUUAUCACCAACACAUUCUUCAGCUAGAUUGCAUCUUGUCCUAUAUAUGUACCCAUAAGUAGAUUCCUAUAUAUAGCUAUUAGACUCCUAGGUAAUUACAUGGGAUGUGAGUUAGAUCCAGUCUGACUUGGUUUUGUUUUCUUCUUUGUUCCCCCCUCCCCCAAUACAGGACGGGACCCAGGGCCCUUGUACUCGGAGCCAGGCUGCUCUCCAGGCAUUGUGUAAGCCUCUUGUGUUGUGCUCUCUUUCAGGUAGGAUAAUUGCGGACUGAACCCUCGGGCUGCGGUCAUAUAUGAGAACUUGCUCCGCGCGGUCCCCUUUGCCGGGAUGUUUCCAUUGCUUCAUGUUUCAGUAAACAAAAGGAGUUUGUGACCAACUAUGUUUUCUUUCUUAAUUCUUCUAAGUUGACUUUUCUUUCCUCCUGAUACUGGUCUCUGUAGCCUUUCACUCUGUUCCUUAUAUUCUCAGGCUCUGAGCAGCCCUAGGUAAGGAUUAUGCUGGCAUCCCCUUUUUCCUGUGCAGUGGAACCUCUCUUAUCUUGCUUUCCCUAGGAGUUGAAUCCUUCUCUCUUGACUACCUGCAGCAUCUCCUUUCCCUUUAAAAUGACCAUGUAGUGGCAAGCAGCCUUUUACUCUUCUCUGUUAGCUCUGGACUCUAACAUUGAAGUUAAAUCUUCUGAAAUUGGUAGGACCAUUGGGGGUUUGGUGUUGUUUUGUUUUGUUUUUUUAUGUCUGACCUGUGAUCGUGGUACAGCAUUAGCUGAAAUUUAGCCUUGUUUUACUCCACUCCUCCCGUUUUUAAAAAUUUUUUCACAAAUAAACGUUUCUAACUUUU